GCUCGACGUGAUCAUGAUCGAGACGGCGAUGGAUAUUCUGGUCCCCUCGUGGUGGGAGAUCCAGGUUACGGUGGCCGCCUCGCUCUUCGUGAUCGUCGCCUACUGGUUCUUCACGUACCGGAGCGGAGAUGUCGACGUUGAUCGACAGCGCCUCGACCGUAAUUCGCUGAAUCCUGGGGUUACAAUGGGCCACUCGAAAGGAGAUCCCCAAACCAAUUCAGCAUACUUAAUCAAGUUGGAAUUGUUGGCAGCUAAGAAUCUCAUUGGUGCAAACAUAAAUGGCACAUCAGAUCCUUAUGCUAUAAUCACUUGCUGUGGAGAAAAGCGGUUCAGCUCAAUGGUUCCUGGUUCAAGAAAUCCCAUGUGGGGAGAGGAGUUUAAUUUUUCUGUUGAUGAGCUUCCUGUUCGGAUUAACGUGACCAUAUAUGACUGGGAUAUAAUUUGGAAAAGUGCUGUUCUUGGUUCUGUGACUGUUCCAGUUGAAAGUGAAGGUCAAACUGGUGCAGUUUGGUAUACAUUGGAUACCACACCAGGGCAGGUCUGUCUCCAUAUAAAAACAAUAAAACUGCCCGUAAAUUCUUCCAGGAUACCGAAUGGCUAUCCUGGAGCUAAUACUCGGAGAAGGAUUUCUUCAGAUAAACCAGGGCCGACAGUGGUUCAUCAAAAGCCAGGGCCUCUUCAAACAAUAUUUGAUCUCUUUCCAGAUGAGGUUGUUGAACAUAGUUAUUCUUGUGCACUUGAGAGGUCAUUCUUGUAUCAUGGCCGUAUGUAUGUCUCCACAUGGCACAUUUGCUUUCAUUCAAAUGUUUUUUCUAAGCAAAUGAAGGUGGUUAUACCAUUUCAAGAUAUAGAUGAGAUACGAAGAAGUCAGCAUGCAUUCAUUAAUCCUGCUAUUACAAUUAUUCUUCGCAUGGGUGCUGGUGGACAUGGUGUACCUCCUUUGGGAAGUCCUGAUGGUAGAGUCAGAUAUAAAUUUGCAUCGUUUUGGAACAGGAAUCAUGCAUUACGAGCCUUACAGCGUGCAGAAAAGAACCUCCAUGCAAUGUUGGAAGCUGAGAAAAUGGAGAGGGCAGAGUCAGCUCUGCGUGCUCAUAGCAGCUCUGUUAAAGGUAGUAAAACUCAGACUGAGAUUCCUGAAGAUAGUGUGCCGAAAACUGGGAAGCUUCCUGCUUUUAUCAAGGAAGAAGUUCUAGUUGGCAUAUACAAUGAUGUUUUCCCAUGCACAGCUGAGCAGUUCUUUAAUAUAUUGUUGAAUGAUGAUUCAAAUUUCACAAAUGAGUAUCGUUCAGCACGGAAAGAUUCUAAUCUUGUUAUGGGACAGUGGCAUGUUGCAGAUGAAUAUGAUGGUCAAGUCAGAGAGAUAACAUUCAGAUCCCUUUGUAACAGUCCAAUGUGCCCUCCAGACACAGCCAUGACAGAGUACCAGCAUGCUGUUCUAUCGCCAGACAAGAAAAUGCUGGUGUUUGAGACCGUGCAACAGGCACAUGAUGUUCCAUUUGGGUCCUACUUUGAGGUCCACUGUAGAUGGCGUUUAGAGACAAAUGCUGAAAACUCAAUUACCAUAGACAUAAAAGUGGGUGCACAUUUUAAGAAAUGGUGUGUGAUGCAAUCCAAAAUUAGGUCAGGGGCUAUCAAUGAGUACAAGAAAGAGGUGGACUUGAUGUUGGAGGUGGCCCGUUCAUAUAUUAAGUCAAAUACUUCUUCUGGGGAGACAGACAAAGCCUCUUCCUCUCCCCCUGUAGCUCAAGAAAGCAACUAAUAUUUUCAGCGACCUCAGAUUGGAUUUUGCCUAUAUAUUUGUCCAAUGUUUUUGUAGGGCUUUCUUGGUAAUUCUGAAUAGUGAAUGUAGAGCCACCGAGGUUCCUUGUGAUGGCAAUAGGUGUUUAUCUUCUGUAUUCUUAUAUUAAUCUCACCCUGGCUCCUUGAGAGAGAACUAGUGGUGUGUAUUUGUUGUAUCCUCCUUUGUGUAAUGACACAUCUCAGUUUUCUGAAACAUAAUAAUGGUAAAUUUCUGUGUUGGAGGCUGUAUGUCCGUCCCUUUCACGGAAGAUCUACUAAUUGAAUCGUUUGGUCUUGAAUUUGUUAGUAAAUAGCUGACCAACAAUUGCUGAAAUAGCAGGGGUUUUACAUCUAAGGAAAGAUGAAAGGGAAGGACAUACAGCCCCCGUUAUUAUAGUUUGACCAA